AUGUUGAGACCAGACCCUGAGCACGUCGACCUCUUGAUCCUGGGUGCGGGUUGGACAUCGACCUUCUUAAUUCCGUUGCUUGAGAAACAUGGCAUCCAAUACGCAGCUACUACCUCAGACGGACGCAACGGCACGAUACCCUUUCGCUACGAGCCAGAGUCGGAAGACGAAGGUCAAUUCAGAAGACUCCCAGCAGCAGCCACCGUCUUGAUCACGUUUCCUCUGAAGGGUAGAGGUCAGUCUAGCCACUUAACAAAAUUUUACGGGAAGACUCAUGCUGGCGCCAACCCGAACUACAUCCAGUUGGGUGCGACAAGUAUCUGGAAGGGUGAAAGCUGGCAGGACGAGAACUCGCCCUACGAUGCGGCAAACCCGCGCGCCAUUGCCGAGGACGAGCUAAUGGCCGUUGCUCGUGGUGCUGUUUUGGACCUUGCGGGGCUGUACGGGGGUGCUCGGCAACCUCGUAAUUGGGUCGAUCGCGUGGUCAAGUCAAAGGCAGAGUUGAAGGCAAAGGGUGCUCUUCACCUCAUCCACGGCAAAGACGUCUCAAGAGCAAUCAUAGCUCUGCACCGAAGCUUUACCCCCGGAAAGCGAUGGCUGCUGUGUGACUUGCAUACCUAUGAUUGGUGGGACUUGGUUCAAGAUUGGGCGAUCCAGGUUGUGCGCGAUGCCGAGGAGAAUCCAGCUCAGUUUGAGGAAAGUCAAGUUGCGCGACAGAAAGAGUUGCUGAGCUGGGUAGGCGAGCUGAUGGAAGAGGAGGGAGUUCGCGCGCUUCCACGAGAUACGCCUCUUCUUGGCCGAGUGCUGGAUGGAAGAGCAUUCUGGAAGCAUGUGGGACUCUGGCCGAGUCAAGGUCGAGUUGGCUAG